UUUUAUUUCAAUAUUUCGGUAUUCCCUAAAACAAGAAGCGGAAGACGAGACUCUUCCUAGCCCUGCUAGCAAUUCGCAUCCGCCGCCACCACCUCCUCCUCCCCAAUCGCCGUCGAUCUCCCUUCCGCUGCCUCAUUUCUCGACACAUCCUCCGGGAGCUGAUUGUGAUCAUUCCGAACACCUUUGAACAAGUGCGGAGAAUAGUUAAUUUGCCUAUCUCCUACAAGAUCCGUUGGCUCACUUUACCAAAUUUGACUCAUGGGCACCCCGGAAACAUCUAGAGAACCUUGCCCAGACCGUAUCUUUGAUGACGUAGGUGGAGCUUUUGGGAUGGGUGCUGUUGGUGGUGGAGCUUUCCAUUUCCUGAAAGGACUCUAUAACUCACCUAAAGGUGAGCGUUUGAUUGGGGGUACUCAAGCAGUCCGCAUGAAUGCUCCUCGUGUUGGUGGUAGUUUUGCCGUAUGGGGUGGGCUUUUUUCCACCUUCGACUGCACAAUGGUCUACAUGAGGCAGAAAGAGGAUCCUUGGAACUCGAUCAUAGCAGGUGCAGCAACUGGCGGCUUUCUGCAGAUGCGUCAGGGAAUGGGUGCUGCUUCACGAUCUGCAUUGUUUGGUGGUGUUUUACUUGCUUUGAUCGAAGGAGCUGGGAUAAUGUUAAACAAAGUUAUGAGUGCACAACAGAACUUCCCUCCGAUGGAAGACCCUGUUCCGAAUGUGGCUGGUAUGCCUGGACACCCCAUGGGGCAAAUGCCUGGUCAACCUUCAGUAAAUAUUGAGAGCAUGGACGCAGGAUCUUCUUCUUCGUCACCAUCACCUUCUUCAUGGUUUGGAGGCCUUUUUGGCGGAAAGGAGGAGACAACUUCUAGUGAUGGAAGCAAGACAAAGGUUUUAGAGAGCUUUGAUGCUCCAACUCCUCCAUCAUUCGAGUACAAAUGAAGAGAGGACUAUCUGGAUUAUCUGCUAAUGGCAACCGGGUUUCAACAUUGAGAUAUACUUGAGUUUGGAGAUUGAUGAUAAUAAAGCUCCUUCGCAGUUUUUUGUUGGUAUUGACAGUCUAUUGUUGCCCCUUCAGAGGCAUUUUAUAGUUGGAUUUAGAAUGAGCCUUUUGUCUGAGGAACUUGACACUCUUUAAUUCGUCUAUUAGAUUCUUGUAGUUGCCAUAGUUGCCUGAAAGUUUAAGACAUGAUUGGAUCCUACUGCAGGGAAAUUUAGGGCAUGUUGCCCCAAUUUUGUUCACAAA